AUGUCGCGGCAGAUUGUUUAUACAGUGUCCGAGGAGGUGAGUCCAGGAACAUUUGUUGGAAAUCUAGCCAAGGAUUUAAAUCUAAAAGUGGAUGAUUUAGAAGCGCGCGGGCUGAGGAUUGUUUCAGCGUCAACUAAGAAUAAUUUUGCCGUGAAUUUAAAAACUGGCGUUCUCUAUGUGAAAGAGACAAAGGACAGAGAACAGCUGUGCCCCAAUACUCACACUUGCACAGUAAGCCUGGAGGCCAUUGUUAAUAAUCCUUUGAAUGUUUACAGUAUAGAAGUAAAAAUAUCGGAUAUCAACGACAACUCCCCCCAUUUUGCCGAAAAAGCUCAAUAUAUUCACAUUUCUGAGCUAACAUUACCGGGAACCAAAUUUCCAUUGCUUAGCGCAGAAGAUCCAGAUGUGGGAAGCAACUCAGUUACCACAUAUAAAGUGUCAAACAAUCCGUUUUUUGGCCUAGAAGUGAAUACAGAUGCAGAAAGUGGUCCUUCUCCAGAGCUGGUGCUGCAAAAAGCGUUGGAUAGAGAGAGACAGUCUACGAUCCAGCUGGUUUUAACUGCUGUCGAUGGAGGAAAACCUUCAAGAUCUGGCACUACAAGUGUUAUUGUUACUGUUUUAGAUGUAAAUGACAACGCACCGGUAUUUUCCAAGACUAUGUACAAAGCUCAAGUCUUAGAAAACGCGCCUAUUGGCACUACAAUACUAAAGCUUAAUGCCACUGAUCCUGAUGAGGGUCUCAACGGUGAAGUCGUGUUUAAAUUUAAACAAGGCCAAAAAGGAAUAGCAGAUAAGUUCGCGGUCAACACCACCACGGGGGAAAUAACAGUUACUGGCACUUUGGAUUAUGAGGACAUCAAUGCGUACGAGAUCCGCGUGGAGGCGUGGGACCGAGGCCAGAGUCCGCUUGCAUCUCAUUGCAAAGUCCUCGUGGAGAUACUUGACAUCAACGAUAAUGCUCCUGACAUUACACUCUCGUCGCUGCUGGAUGAUGUAAGUGAAGAUGCAAAACAAGGCACUGUAAUAGCCUUUAUCACGGUCCAAGAUAAAGAUGGGGGUAAAAAUGGAAAAGUGCAUUGUUCUAUUCCCCAAAACUCUCCUUUUAUAUUACAGACUACACAGGGGAAAUACUACUCGCUUGUUUUAAGCGGGACUCUUGACAGAGAAGAAACUGCACAGUAUAAUAUUUCAGUUACGGCUACCGAUGAUGGAACCCCACCUCUAUCAAAAACCACAGUUAUUGCAAUUCAUAUUUCUGAUGUGAAUGACAACGCGCCUCGAUUUCAAGAUUCUGCUAUGAAUGUUUACGUGAAAGAAAAUAGUCCAGCUGGUGGUCAGAUAGCGACUGUUUCUGCCCAAGAUUAUGACUAUGGAGAGAACGCUCAGGUAACUUAUUCAUUACUCGAUAGUCCCAGUGUCCCGUUAUCGACAGCAAUCAGCAUAAACUCUGUGACUGGUGAAAUAUACAGCAUGCAGACUUUCAACUAUGAGCAGGUAAAAACCUUACACUUUCAAGUCAAGGCAACAGACUCUGGUGUUCCUCCUCUGAGCAGUAAUGCAACUGUAAAUGUGUUUAUUCUGGAUGAGAAUGACAACAGUCCGGUUACAGUAUGACCAUAUGGUGGCACUAUCCACUAA